AGGGUUGGGUCGAGAAGCAAUUACUCUCCGGUGUUCGCCAUGGCAAAACUGAUCUCCAGUUUCUUCAUUCCCCUCGCCACCGUCCUCCUCUUGUUCUCAUCCUCCCUCGCCGCCACCAAAACGUCGACCCGUUUCUUUCGAAGCAUAUCCCCGGCAUCUCUGGGCCUCGGUGAGGAAAAGCUGAGCCACCUUCACUUCUACUUCCACGACAUCGUGAGCGGCCCAAAUCCCAGCGCCGUGAGGGUGGCGGCGGCCGGUAUGACCGACAAAUCGCCGACUGGAUUCGGGGCAGUGGUAAUGAUGGACGAUCCAUUAACGGCGAGUCCCGAGCUCAGCUCCACGCCUGUGGGAAGAGCCCAAGGCAUUUACGCGUCGGCAUCGCAAGAAGAAGCGGGGUUUUUGAUGGUGGUGAACUUUGCUUUUACCCAAGGGAAAUAUAACGGCAGCUGCUUGAGCAUCUUAGGGCGGAACAAGGUGUUAACCACCGUGAGGGAGAUGCCGAUAGUCGGAGGGAGCGGCGCUUUCCGGUUCGCACGUGGGUGGGGGGAUCAGUUCUGCUGUCCGUCGGCUCUUAGCACCGUUCUCUUGCUCUGUCGGUCACUGUCAUCACAGAUUUGGAGGCAAUUCACAGGCGAAAAGGUGAGCCGGAUAAUGGGAACUCGAGAAGUGUAUGAAGAAAAGCUAAGAACUGGCAAUCUCCACCACGAUCCUACCAUCAACCCUGGCCUUGGCUCCCCUCGUUGCCCUCGCUGUCUCUCCCUUCUAAACCCUAACUCUGAAAAAUCUGAAUGGACAAUCACUUCUGUCUUACAUGAUGCCACUGCUGUGGCUGGCUCGGGUAUGGGUGGUAUGCUGAGUGCAGUUCAUGGUUUUAACACAGGGAUCCCAUACCUACAAAAUCGUCUGAAGGGACCAAAGUGGCUUCCUUUCCUCGUUGGGCUCCCUCCAUUGCUCAUAUUUUCAGGUGCAAGUGCUGCAUUUGGAGGUUAUGUGCUUCCAAAGCUUGCUCAACUCACUGUGACAUCUUAUUAUGCUGCCUCAAGUGCCUCACAUUAUGGGAUCUCUCUUCUCACCCGACAUAUUGAAGAUAACUACAAUUCUCGUAAUCAGAAAGAGCGGACAAGAUAAUUAUUAAGAGGGCACAUAGGAGAAAGAUAUAUUAUCCUUCACUAUUUUGUUUAUAUUUUAAACAAUGUCCAUGGGUUGGUAGGACUGUUCAAAUUUUAAAGACUGUUCAUUCUUCACCUCAUCACCCUUCAUGUGAAUAUUAUCUUUAUUUGGUAUAUCUUGUAGUGCCCCAUCCAUUUGGUUUAGAUGGGAAAAAUUUGAUCUUAUAAUGGGUAAUGUUUUCUGAAAGAGGCUGAUAAAUAAAGCAGAGAAAGAUCACGUGAACAGCUUGUAAUGGUUAUUUCACUGAUAAGGUUGAAUUGCAGAACGAAUCUUCUUAAGGAA